AUGUUCAGGGACACAGCCACCCCCCACCCGAUAUGCGAGCACGUUCUCUGCCGGGCCUGCGUCACCGGAUGGUUCCAAUACCAUACGUGCUGCCCCUACUGCCUGGAACCGGCAGACGGGCACUACUACCCGAACGGAAACGCAGUGGAGUGGUCUAACGCCGGCACUUACCUCUGCGCGCCGCGGGAGUUCGUUCGAACGGAGGCAGCCCUCUACCUGACGGGGGGCAGCACAGCAGUCGACGCAGCCCGCAGAGAGGGGCCCACGGACGAUCUCGAGAGCAAACGCGCCGCGCACAAGGGGAGCGGGAAAGGCGACAACGAAGUGGCAGCACCCAACUGGACACAACCAGAAGAGGCAGAAGAACGGACCAAGGAACAGGGAGCCAACAUCACCGAAGCAGCCGCCCGCAACCCCGCCAUCGACACCGACGUCGUCUCAACGCACAAAUGCGUGUGGGACCUGGGGAUACAGAGGCGAUGA